ACCUUACUAGUGAGUGAACGUGUGUUCGGUUUGUGCAUAAUUGCGCAAGAAGUUUGUACGUAACUUUGAGCCGUAAUCGAAUAGUGAGAGUGAUUAAUCUUGCAUAGACAGUAAUUAAAAUAUUAAUAUUUCGAACUAACUGCCGGCGGUGCAGAUUCACCGCGAAACUACUUGGCCGAGCAAGCCCCGCCCACACGCAGGAGCGAGAUAGUCGCCAUAAUUGCCUUCCUGCCUGCACUCGUGUCAAGCGCGAGCGCAUCACAUUGGCGAUUUAUACGAUACAUUAAGCGAGGUGAUAUAUCUACGUUGAUAGGCGUACAAUGCCGCGCUCCCAUCGAUCGCCUAAGGUCUCGUCACCUAGAAACUGUAGUGGAAUGCAAGCACACUCGGACUCGGAAAUAACCGCACCUGUUUUUACUAGUCCAGCUGGCGGUGUCAAUAUUACAUCACGAUCUAAACGUCCGUGCCCCGAGUUCUCACCCGGUAAUGAACUUCAAGAUUUUAAACGCGAAAUAUUGGAACUGCUGUCAACGUGGAAGAGGGAACAAGAGGAUCGCCUUAAUAAAUUCUCGCAAGAUCAAAAUUCUUGCCUUGCUAAGUUAGUAUCCGAAAUAACUGAGUUGAAAUUGCAAAACCUUGCUAUUCAAAAGUCUAAUAAUGAGAUAGAAAAGUCUAUCUCAUUUAUCAAUGAUCGGUACGAUGACAUGAUAAGGAAUGUAGAUAUUCUGCAGAAGGAAUCUCAAAAACAGAGAGAUAAUGUCAUUAAUCUGGAUAUAAAGGUCCAGGACAUCAAACAACUAUCUCGGUCGUCGUGCGUCGAAAUCCGCAAUGUACCUGCUGCAGAAAAUGAGACUACAACAGAUUUAAACACUAUUAUCAACAAAGUCGGUACAGUGGUUGGGAUGGCUCUCAGUAACUCCGAGAUACGCGACACAUAUCGCUUACCUGGGAAACCAGGAACAGUUAGACCUAUUAUUGCAGAAUUCACAAGUGUUCAUACUAAAAACUACCUCAUCAAAAGGGUCCGUGACUUUAACAAAACACAUCCCAACGAGGCGAAAUUGAAUACUAAAUCAAUGGGGUUACCCGGAGAUAGUCACCCAGUUUUUGUGGCUGAAUAUCUUCCAGCCAGCAGCAGGAAACUGUUCUUUGAGACUAGACAAUUUGCGAAGGAAAAUGGCUACAGGUUUUGCUGGUCGGUCAAUGGGAAUAUCUACUUGAGGAAAUUUGAAGGAGCGAAGCAAGUUCUUAUUAGAUCUCGGGAGACACUGCGCAAUCUGAAAUUAGAUAUAGACCAUUGACUCCAUUACAGCAUGAUUAAAGUUUUAUGUAUUCUUCUGAACAUUAUUGUGUAUCAUAAAUUCACUAAACGUAAGUACUUAAAAUACUGCGAAAAAUGUAUACAUGGUCUUACAGCCAUUCUUGUGCAUGUCUUACCGACACAAAAGUACUUAAAAUUCUGUGUUUGUACAAAUCAUUGGUUAAUAGUUAUAUUUUUGCAUGUAAUUUACUUCCUUAUCUCAUAUUUUAUAUUCCUAGUAACUAAUAAGUAUCAUUUAAUAUACCUGUUCUUUUUUACACUAAAUAAAACACAGCACUUUUUACACACAACUACAAAAACAUUCUUACACAUUGUGUUACUAUAUUACUUGCCUUAUGUCAACAACACUAAUCAGUAUCUAAUGUAUUUAAUUUAUAACAAACGCGUCCAAACAUGUAACUUAUUGCGUCAUAUGUGUGACAGGUUUAUACUUUAUAAUGGCUAAUACUGCUCAAGUAAUUGACGAGAUUGAUCAUACGGCAUUUACAACAACUCUAAAACUGGAGUCAAUAGAUGACUUCGGGCUACAUUUUGUGGGUGAUAUGGAGGGGCAAUACUCAAUAAUUGUCCAAAAUAUACGUAGUGUCAAAAAGAAUUUUGAUAAUUUUACUGUUUUUUUGAGUCGACUGUUUUUCUUGCCUGAUAUUAUUGUUUUAACGGAAUGUUGGCUUGACGACACGAUUACUUGUUCUGAAAUAAACAAUUACAAAUGUCACUGUUCAAAAAACUAUCUAAAUCAAAAUGACGGAAUAGUUAUAUAUACGAAGAUAUCUUUACAGGCCUCUGUUGUGGAACCAUCGUUCGAGGAGUCAAAUUGCCUGAUUGUCAAUAUAAGGGAUGAACUAUC